UGGCGAAACCGAACGAUUCAGAAAUAAGAAUUCCCAACACCCGGAGGUCAAACUUAGUCGCUGUAUGGUGAUCAACUGCAUCAGUUGCUGUUUGGAAAUAUGUUGGAUCUCGUGAAUUAUUUCGUUAUUGUUGUGGUUUGUUGUACUGUUAACGGAGUACUGGCACAAUUGUACGAUGGAGAUUAUUGUACAACAAAUGACGGAACACGUGGCACUUGUAAAUAUAUCACUAAAUGCCAAUCCGCUCUCAACGACAUAAGGAAAGGAAUAUAUCCCUCAGAUAUUUGCGGUUUCGUUGGCACCCAAUCCAUAGUCUGUUGCACCGACCCUAAUAGUUCAACCAUCACUAAAACCACUACUAGUUCAACCACUCCUAGAACUACAACAACCCGUAUGACUAUCACCACUCGUAGAUCUACUACAGCAACAACGAGAAAAUCCACAAGUGCGGAUAUGAAAGUUGGAGCAAGAGCUGCUGAAAUGUGCAAACAAUAUGCCAAGUUCGCUUACGAAAAAUCUGAAGAUUCGUCAUUGUCCCUCAUUCCCACGUUUUCCGAAAACCUAGAAUGUGCUUUCGAAAAAAUACCUCUCAUCGUAGGGGGUACAAAAGCAUCGAGACAAGAAUUUCCUCAUAUGGCACAGCUUGGGUAUAUUAGUGGUUCUGAUACGGAAUGGGCUUGUGGUGGUAGCCUCAUUAGCAGAAACUUCGUUCUUACUGCUGGACAUUGCCUAUGGAGUCAAGACUUAGGAGCCCCCAAGUUAGUAAGGGUAGGAAUCACUAACGUGUCUGACACCAACUAUCUGCAAGUGAGAAACGUCAAACAAAUCAUCAGAUAUCCGGAUUAUAUCGGAGAAAAGUACCAUGACAUUGCGCUUCUCAAGAUGGAUAGAGACUAUGAAAUGAAUCCAUAUGUUCGACCAGCAUGCAUUCACACACAAAAAGAUAUCCCUUACAAUAAUGCCAUAGCUAGUGGUUGGGGCAGAAUAGAGUUUUCUGGAGAUGAUAGUAAAGAUCUGUUGAAAGUAGGAGACUCCGGAGGACCUCUCCAGAUAUAUCAUGAAGACACAGCUGACAUCAAGUGCAUGUAUGAAAUAGUGGGUGUUACUUCUUUCGGACAGUCAUGCGGCUUAGCAAAAAAUGUUCCUGGUGUUUACAGCAGGGUAUCGGCCUACGUUAAAUGGAUAGAAGAUAAUGUUUGGCCUAGAUAAAGUAGCAACAGUGCAUAAUUGGAGCAUUAUUCUCAACCAGAACUGUGUUUAUAUUCAAAUUCUCAUAUUUUUUACGUGAUUCAUUAUAAUUUUAUAAAUAA